UGCGUGAGCGCCUGCACUCCUUGACACAUAACCACGCCGGUUGGCCUUCUUCUCGUCCAGUACCUUCACCUUCUUGCCGGUGAAGAUUGCUUUCACGAUGGCUACCACCUCCUCUGUUCCCAGAACCGGAUCCCUCUCCCAUAUCCUCAACGACUCUCCACCGACUCCCGUGCAAAGUCAUGCGAUAUCGUCCCGGCUCCCUUCUCAUUCUCCAAUGCCCAACGAGUCUGCUAAUCGACCAGACCAUCGAAUUGGGACGGAUCCUUGGCUGAGCUACGCGCGAGUCGGUCAUACUUCGCCCAGCGGUCCAUCUCCCAGACACAUCUCCGUCCACACGUCGCCCCAGAGCAUCGGUAGCCAUGCCCAAUACCCAGCUGCGAUACCGUCAAUCACUAGGUGGCGCGCAUCGGAUUAUAAUCUGGACAUGCACGCGCGAGCAGCUGCAUUGGAGACCACUUCAGCUCACAUUCAGAAACUGGCGCAAAUGUCAAACACUCCCAGGCCGCCUCAUGUUUCGCCUUACAUUCAUCCUUUGCAAACAUUCUCAAUGCCGGCCUCACCAGCUGUACCCCGCACACCUGACUUGGCAGAUUAUCAGAUGUCUGAGAGGGCAUCAACUCGGCUCAUUGGUCGGCCACAAGUAUCAUACGAAGAGACAGGAAAUGUCAAUCCAUCUUACCCAAUCCAAUCUACCUCUCACCUGCCGCAAAAACGAGGAGCGUCUGACAGCAGUGAAAAUGAUGAUCGGCCACCCAGGUUCAGGCGCAAGCUCAAUUCCAAGCAGAAGGAGAGCAAGGCAGCUGGUGCUUCAAACAAGCGCCCGGGAUCUUCAAAGCGAUCAGCCAAAGUAGACAGUGUCGCUGGUGAUCCGCCCGACAUGAUAUACCAACUAUCUCCCAAGCUGCCGAUAGAUCGAAGCGAUGUUUCUUUCACCAUCCUGCCCGUCAGGCUGUCAUCGGAGGCCAACCUCACACGGGAGCCCCAAACAUCACGAUGCAUGUCGAACCGGUUCAAAUCCAAAGGUUUUCCGCAUUGUGUAUCGUGCACGCGACGCUGGGUUGGAGACACCUGUCGAUUCCAGAAUCUUCGUUCCUUUUUCUACACAAGCACAGGCGAACUAGCUGGUUUCUGUUUCUAUGAACGACGAGACCAGCCAGCGGUACAAAUGGAGUAUCCGUCCAACUGGAAUGCGCCUCUGACCAAGACGCAUUUCCAACUCAUCAAGAAAACCAUCGCGACAGCCCUUCUCCCUAUUCUUAGAGAGGAGCUCGAGCACACCCAACACAGCGCUGUCAUCUACCGCCCUCGAGAAAACGAAGUUCGUGCUACUUGUGAUUCCUGCCUGACGUCCAUCUUCGCUUGUUCUUGGAUGUGUCGUUUGUGUGGUCGUGAAGCUUGCAAAGAGUGUUUCGAACGAGUCAAAGACCUCACCGUCGUAGAGGUCAAUACGGAGCAAGAUAUGGCCGACCAACGUGCCAGAAAGGACAAGCAGGCACAUUGUAAUCCUUUCUUCCUCACAUGUCAUAAGCGCAACGAUCACGGCGCCAAGGAUUUCUCCCCGGUGACCCGUUUCGUCAAGAAGGAACUUGAGCAAGCCAUUCGAGACAUGGAACUUUUUGCGGUGCCGGCGGACAGUGCUGGUUCGUUGGCAGGCUACCGCCCUACUCUGCCGAUGUCUCCCAGCAUUGCCGUGUCCGGCGAGAUACCAUUUCACCAGAUCAAGCGCUUCAAGGAUGCCGAAUUGAGCGAACAAACCUUUGCCUUGCUAUGGGCGCAAGGCGAGCCUGUCCUGGUCACCGACACCGGGAGCAAGCUCAAGCUCGACUGGGAUCCCCAGUACUUUAUCGAGAAUCAUGGGUCGGAGGAUUGCCUCCUGAUCGACUGCCAAUCAGAUCAAUCGACUCGUCGGACGGUCAAGGAGUUUUUCAGCACAUUCGGCAAAUACGAAGAUAGAAACCAGUGCUGGAAGCUCAAAGAUUGGCCGCCUUCGAGUGAUUUCAAGACGUCAUUCCCGAAGUUGUAUGAAGACUUCAGCCAAGCUGUGCCCAUCCCGAACUACGUUCGAAGAGAUGGGGUGCUCAAUAUCGCUUCUCAUUUCCCCUCGAACACCGUCUCUCCUGAUCUCGGGCCGAAAAUGUACAAUGCGUAUGCUAAUCUAGCAGAGGAGGGCAACAAAGGCUCGACGCGGCUGCACAUGGACAUGGCCGAUGCGCUGAACAUUCUGACCUACGCUGCGCCGUGCCCCGAUGGAUCUCCGGGCUAUGCUGCUUGGGAUAUCUUCCGUGCGGAGGAUAGUUUCCAAAUUCGGCAGUUCCUGGCCGAACAGCAUCGGCAAUUGGGUCAAGAUCCGAUUCACAGCCAACAGAUCUACCUCGAAGAUGACAUGCGACUGCGGCUGUGGCAAGAGCGAGGGGUGAAGAGCUAUCGAAUUCUGCAGAAGACGGGGGAAGCCGUGUUCAUUCCUGCUGGCUGUGCACACCAGGUGCGAAACAUGAGUGACUGCAUCAAGAUCGCCGUCGAUUUCGUGUCCCUCGAGAAUGUGCAGCGGUGUGCCACGCUCACGAAAGAGUUCCGUCAGGUGAACACCAGCAAGCUCUGGAAGGAAGACGUGUUGCAGCUGCGGACGAUGAUGUGGUUCGCGUGGUUGUCUUGUUUGAUGCAAGAAAACAAUUCCCAGUCCUGAACACUUCUGUAUACAUACAUAUAUUUUCAACUUGGAAUCAAAUGUACAUCUCACAUCAUAUUCACACAAAAACAUCUUCUAUCG